AUGGCAACACUCGACACAGUGUACUCUGCAAAACAGCAAGGCUGCCUCAGGACUUGCAAAUUUUGCAAACAAAGAGAACCGACCUCAGCCGAGCUGCUGACGCUGCUGGAGAAGCAGGAUGAAGUGUUGUCGGCGUUGCAUGGCGAACUCGAAAUCUGCAAAUCAGAAAUGGCUGUUCUUCGUGGAACAAAAUCCGCACAGCUAAACGAUGACGGAGCACAGCCGAAUACAGCGGCUCACAUUGAUCGUUUGAACGAAAUCAUUGAAGAGGAGCGCAACAAAAGAAGUGAGGAAUUCGCUAAGUUGAACAGUCGAUUGACUGAAAAAACGAUGGAAUGCGGACGACUGAUUACAGAAAAUGUGUCGAUAAAGGCCCGGUUAAAAGCACUGGAGGAUGCGAAUUCAGCGAAAGAAACGCUUGUCAGUGAUCUGACCAGACGUCUUGCGUCCGAAUCAGCAAAAAGAGAGGAAGAGGACAAAGCACUGGCAACAAGACUGUAUAUUCUUGCAGAUGAAAAUGCGACAUUGCGUACAUCGCUUCUUGCACUGGGUGCAAGCAAUACAGGGCCUUCCAAACGUACGUGGCCUUUGAUGAAUUCAAAAUUAAAAAAAAUCGGAAGUAGUGCAGAAGACUGGUGGAAUGUUUCGGUUCUGGCGGUCAUCCCUUUCAGAACACUUUUUAUCUUUGGCUGA